GCGUGCCGGGAAAGCGCGAGGGCGACGGCGCUGCGCCGGCUGACUGGCUCCUGAGGCGAGAGGACGGUUCCUGGGCGAGGGAUGUGAGGAGCUCGGCUUCCCCUUCCUUCCUUCGGGAUGUCGUGACCCGCCGGGCGGGCCGACGUGCGAGCAAGGCGGGCAGCGGCGGCGGCGGCGGCGGCUGUGGCUGUCGCCGAUGGGGCUGCUCCGGAUUAUGCUGCCGCCCAAGUUGCAGCUCUUGGCGGUGCUCGCCUUCGGGGUCUCCGUGCUCUUCCUGGAGAACCAGAUCCAGAAGCUGGAGGAGUCCCGCGGGAAGCUCGAAAGAGCUAUUGCAAAACAUGAAGUCCGAGAAAUUGAGCAACGUCAUACAGUAGAUAGCUCUCGAUCAGAUGUAGUUCCAGAUGAAGAUGAAAAUGUGGUGAUAAUUUAUAAUCGAGUACCUAAAACUGCAAGCACCUCUUUUACAAACAUUGCUUAUGACCUUUGUGCGCGGAACAAAUACCAUGUUCUUCAUAUCAACACAACCAAAAAUAAUCCUGUUAUGUCUUUACAAGAUCAGGUACGAUUUGUGAAGAACGUAACUUCCUGGAAAGAGAUGAAGCCAGGGUUCUAUCAUGGACAUAUAUCUUUCCUGGAUUUUGCAAAAUUUGGUGUUAAAAAGAAACCAAUAUACAUCAAUGUCAUAAGAGAUCCUAUAGAACGGCUGGUUUCUUAUUACUACUUCCUGCGCUUUGGUGAUGAUUACAGACCUGGACUCCGAAGGCGAAAACAAGGGGAUAAAAAAGUAAAAACCUUUGAUGAAUGUGUAGCAGCUGGAGGCUCCGAUUGUGCCCCUGAGAAACUCUGGCUUCAAAUUCCAUUCUUCUGUGGCCACAGCUCUGAAUGUUGGAAUGUGGGAAGCAGAUGGGCUUUGGAACAAGCCAAAUACAACUUGAUUAAUGAAUAUUUCCUAGUGGGAGUUACUGAAGAGCUUGAAGACUUUAUUAUGUUGCUGGAGGCAGCUUUGCCCCGCUUUUUCAGGGGUGCUACAGAAUUAUAUCGCACAGGCAAGAAGUCUCAUCUUAGAAAGACAACAGAGAAAAAGCUUCCUACAAAAGAAACCAUUGCUAAGCUGCAACAGUCUGAAAUAUGGAAAAUGGAGAAUGAGUUCUAUGAAUUUGCACUGGAGCAAUUCCAGUUUGUCAGAGCGCAUGCAGUUCGGGAAAAAGACGGGGAACUAUAUAUCCUGGCACAAAACUUUUUCUAUGAAAAGAUCUAUCCUAAAUCGAACUAAGAACAAUGCUUCUCUUUAGGUUAAGGGACUAAACCUUGUGGCCACAUCCUUAUUCUCACCCCCAACUCCUAAAUCAGCUGAGGCACUUCGUUCUUGAGGUCAAUAGAAUGUACUGUGGGUUGCUCAAAGAAGAUGGCUGCUGUUCAGAUAAUGGUGAUAAUUCAAAAUUAUAGGCUUCAGUUUUAAUAUUCACACAGGAGGUUGCUACUCUACACUUGAAGAACCCACCCAUAAUUACAGAAACUUUAUAGCAAUUAUAGCUGAAACUGUAAAGAUGAAAACCUUCAUUUUCGUGCUUUUUGAUUCACAAGACAACUUAUUUUACUUAACCUUUUGGGAAGAGGACGCUUUUGGUUCCCUAGCCUCAAAGCGGAGAUUUGGGUUGUACACAUAUAUGAAUAAUGUUAAUAACUGGCUGAAAUUUGUGCUUUGUUCUUGUAAAUUCAUAUCACAUAACAUUCACUGGAAUGUUCAAUCAUGUUCUGCUAAGAAAUGCUGCAGCUGGUCUUGCCCAUAUUUGUAAAUAUGGGCUUUCAUUUUGAGAAUCUAGAACUGAUGAUCAGAGUGUUUAAAAAUUCAGAUCCCAUAGUGAUGUUGUCAAAAGGCCAGAAAUGAAGACAGUUUUUCAUUACUACCCUCUGAACGUCUAACUGAUGUUGGGAAAACUAUUUAAGAAGCUGGCUUUUGCCUGGCACAUCAAUAUAAAAACAAAUAGUGAAAUCUGUCUCAUUGUUCCAUUGAUUCUUUGUAUUUUAAAUAACUACUGGUGAAUCCAUAUUAUGACUCAAAUAGUGAGCUGUGGUAUGGUUAGGGUUUUCCUACUUAGAUACUUUUACCUGUAGAAUAUUUUUACUAAGGUGCUUUAUAAUGUGUUUUAAAGCAUUGCAUUUGCAAAAAGAGUGAAAUGCUGUAAAUAAUGCACAUUUUAUGUAUUUGGACCAAAAGGUUACAAGUAAUAGUUUCAAGUGUUUUGCACCCGUUUUGUUGUAUGUGAAGUAAAAUCAACCCAUCUGCUGUUAAAAUUCCAGUUUUGAGUUAACCCCUCAACAUUGCUGAAAUGCACUUCACUGACCUCAACAACUUUUAAAUACACAGGAGCCCCCUUUUCAGAAAACUUCAUAAUCUGCAUCCUUUUAUCAUGCUUUAAAGGAAAAGGAAAACGGAAGCAUGCAGCCUGGCUAAGAGAGAUACAAAGAAAUUGACGUCAGUGUGUUCAUGGAACUGCCUUAUGUUAACUUCAGUAAACUUGCAUUUGCCAGGAUUAGCACCUUAUGGUACUUACAUACUCGAGGUUGUUUGGCACUAGGUUGGAUACUGGGAUACAACAAAAUCUGUGAAAAAUACUUAAAAGUUCUUUGUACAUUUCUGCCAUAUUUUUUAAAGUGUAUUAAAGUUUGAUGGGUUGUUUUCAGUUUCAUUAAAUUCAGCCUUUGAGCUUCACAUUUUAUCGAGAUAGAAAGGCAGUGUAGAUGUAUUGAUAAGGAAACCUUACCAAAUCAUUUAUCUACUAUACAAUUACAAAGAGGUCAACUGUCUAUAAACCAAACAUUUUAAUGCCAAAAGCAUGGUCUAUUAUAAUGAGACUGUUAAGUAAAACUUUUAAUUUGCUGAAUUCUUUAUUUGGGCAUCUCCUGAGAGAUCUAAAAAAUAGUACUGCUUUUUCAAGUAGUUUCUUCUUUUCGGUUAGCAGCCAUUACCUUUGUUCUUCUGCUGUAUUACCAUGAGCCAGUGUGUUGUGUUGUGUAGCCACGUUGCCCCAGAUGAACGAGUACAGGAAAACGAAAUAAACUUUUAUUGGACCAA